UGUUAUGAAACUCAAAAAUCUGUACGUCAAAUUUCUCAAAACUAGGUAGCCUACCGAGCAGCUUUGUAGCUCUUGGGCAGCGAGGAGUCUGCAAAAUCAGACAAAGUGAUUUUUUUCACUUUAGUCCGGAAUAAUGUUUGUUAAGCUUCAUAAUUAAUAGUAGGCCUACUAAGAAGACGAAGGAUUAUUCUUUUCUUUUUUUUCUUUCUUCUUCUCAUGGGUAGCCAUCCUCAUCACCUGAUAGUACAGUUACAAGAAACAACAACUGUUUUUUACCAGCGUUACUUCAACAAUUUCGUCAUGACUAACGAGACCUCUGAUUACGCUGUGACCCACACAGGAUCGUGGUCCCCGGCAGACAAACUCAUGGAAGACUGCUGGCCAGGGACCAGCCUCAAGUUCUCUACCUUUGACCGAGACAACGACGACAACGAGGACAACUGUGCGGCCAUAUACGGCGCGGGCUUCUGGUUCCAGUCCGAAAACUGCACCGUCUGUAAUCCAAACGGCGAUGUUUACCCUUCCCUGACUUCACGUCUAGGAAUCGAGUCGGAGAAUUUCUGGACACCUACGCUAGGAGACUGGAACCCCAGGGCAGUCGGUAUUUUCCUCGUCAGACAAUGAGGAAAGUUCGGGGAGAAAGUUUACAUAAAAAAUAAAUCAAAUCGUCAGCAUGCUGUUAAAAUGUGCUGAGCUUAGAAAGAAAAAACAUUAAGGAGAGAAAAAACAACAACCUAACUUUCUUUCCUACAUUGUGAGUAGAUCUAUUUUUUUCCAGCUUUUUUUCAACAUUUUUUUAGGCUAGGUGUCCAUAAGCUCCGCUCCUCACCACUCCGCUCUCCACCUUGAAAUGUCUGGAUAGAACUGUGCAGAUCGUCUUUAUGUGUCCCCACGGUUUUAUGCAAAAAAAACCUGAAAUUAUGCAAACUGAGCCCAAGAAUGUGAAAUUAUUCGAUUCUGUUAAUUUUAAAAAA